AUGGCUGCCAACCAGAACUGGCGUCUCAUUGAUGUAGACGCCCUCGAUCCCGAGCUCCAAUACCCCGCCGAGUUACUCUCCCCACCGUUCGAUCCCGUCCCGUUAUCUACUGUACAACAGCUCAGCCAGCAAUGCAGAGGGUUAUUACAGCGUGGUGAAAACGCAGAGGCAUUACGGAUAGCACUGCAGAAUGUGCCCUAUGGCGCUGAUGACGCUGGAAAGGACUUGCAUUGCACCACAAUAGUCGAGAUUCUGGGUUCGAUCAAACAAUCCGAGAUGUCAACUACCUUGAACACGAUAUACUCGUCUUCGGAAGCUGGAAGCGAGCUUCUAGACACACUUAUGAAGUAUCUGUACAAGGGGAUGGCGAAGAAAGAUGCUCCUCAGGUUGGCUCCGGAGGUGCCAGUGGUGGAAUGAGUGUGCUGCUUUCGUGGCACGAGAAGGUUGUCGAGAUAGCUGGACUAGGCUCGAUCGUUCGGGUGAUGACCGAUAGGAGAACAGUAUGA